AGUCGUAAUCGUUCUCGGCAAUCUUUGGACAACUUGCGAAUAUGGCGGAGGGUACGGAUCAAGCUGAGCAAUUACCUCCACAAGAAGGCCUUGUGGAGGAGAAAGGAGAGGAAAAGUCAGAGCAUCUUGAACUCCAACCUGAACAGGAGACCAUGCGAUGUGUUGUGCUCACUGGAUACGGUGGUUACAACAAGCUCGAAGUACAGAAAUACGCAAAACCUAAGCCGAUGAAAGGACAAGUUGUUGUUCGCGUUCAUGCAUGUGGCCUAAAUUUUGCGGACAUUAUACAGCGCCAAGGAAUGUAUCCUAGCCCUAAAAAACCUCCAUUUGUUCCUGGUUUGGAAUGCGCUGGAAUUGUGGAGGAACUUGGAGAAGAGGUGACUGACGUGGAGGUCGGGUCCCGUGUGGUAUGCAUAACAGGAGAUAGUGCCUGGUCAGAAUAUGCCUGUGUCCCAGGGGGUUCGUGUUUUGUUCUCCCAGAUAGUAUGAGUUUUGAAGAUGCAGCAGCAAUCCCUGUCACAUACCUGACUGCUUAUUUUAUGCUUUUCCUCUGUGCAAGCUUGGGUCAAAGGAAAAGUGUUCUGAUUCAUAUGGCAGCCGGAGGUGUGGGUGUUGCAGCAACACAGCUUUGUAAAACUGUUGAAGGCAUCACAACAUUUGGUACAGCCUCAGCUUCUAAGCAUGAAACCAUCCUUGCCAAUGGAAUAGAUCAUGCUAUUGACUACAGGACAGUGGAUUAUGUCCAAGAGGUGAAGAAGAUUUGUCCAGAGGGAGUGGAUAUUGUUCUUGAUCCCCUCGGUGGUGCUGAUACAAAGAAAGGAUAUAAUCUUCUAAGGCCUAUGGGUAUAAUCAUUUGCUUUGGUUAUGCAAAUGCGGUUGCUGAAACAAAGAGUGUCUUUAGUGCAGCAAAAAAUUGGUUUCAGGGAGCAACUUUCAGUCCUUUACAACUGCUGAGAGACAGCAAGACUGUUUGUGGAUUUCACUUGAGGCAUAUGCAGAGUCACCCAGAGCUACUGAAAUCAGGAAUGAAGCAUAUGUUUGAUUUGUACACUGAAGAGAAGAUAAAACCUCACAUAGAUGAGGUAUUUGCUUUUGAAGAGGUUGGCAAGGCCAUGCAGCGAAUGCACCAGCGUAAGAAUGUUGGUAAAAUAAUAAUAUCACCCAUGAAGGAACCAACACCUGAGCCCACGCCACCGCUGCCACCAGCUCAACCUACACCCCCAAAGGAGGAGGAUGUUAAAUUAGAGGAUAAAGAAGGAGAAAAAAAAACAGAAGAUAAGGAAGGCGAAGAAAAAACAGAAGGAGAGAAAGAGAAAGAGGAACCCAAUGCUGAAGAAGAAAAAAAAGAAGAGGCUUCUGCUUAGAAGCUGGUAUCAGUGACUCUUAUACAAGAAAGUGAUGUUUGAGUAAUUCUAUUCGUUGUUUCAUCACUUUGAUGUGAAUUUAUCGUCGGGAACUAAGACGUUCACUUGACCUUACUCAGCUACUGAUCAAAGUUGUUUGAAUAUUAAGCUCUAAUUUCCUUAGUAAGGUUUUUUUGUUCACUAAAUACCACGAAACUCUCCUUAGUGUUGUGAAGGAUUGUUUGCGAUCAGGUUUCUCUCCUAUUUCGACGCAAAAUUGACUGUGGAAUGUAAACGGAAUAUCGCGGCGUUAAGAAACCUUUUCCCUCUGUUUAGCAAUAAAUCACUUCUCGUUUCUCAAAUCCCAAGACCUGUCCCAGCGCCUCUUUCAGCCCUGGAUAAAGAAACCUGAUCGCAGGUUGGAGUAAUUUUGCGGUCGUUUAGAAACAACCACUCAUUAUAUUAAUUUUAUGUUAAAGGCAAAUAGCUGGUAGAGGGUGGUGACGACAUGAGGAGAUUUAAACAAACUUGUUAAAGCAAUGCUAAUUUCUCCAUUUGAAGUAUGAGUGUCUAGUACCCCCAAUCUUCCCCGAAGAAAACUUUCGCAGCCAUAGACGCUGGAAGUAAUUUAAGAUAGCUAACUUUUUGGAAAUUACUGCCGCUGUGAAAAGCGUGUAUUGACAUAAAUUUAAGGAUAUUUGACCAACCAAUCCGUUCAACCGAUUUAAUCCUGAACAUCAUAAUUUUCCCCUGUUCUAUUUACAUUUCCUCCGGUGCUGACACGGAGAAUUUGUUUGACAAUUAGGAGCUCCUAAGUUAAUGAUCAUUUCUUAUAUUCUCUUGAUCUCUGCAUUUAAUUCAGUGGACCUUCGUAACCUUUCCCUGGAUCCACCGCUGCGGGGUCAGUAAGGCUUGGUAUAACAAUUGUUUCUCACUUUACCGGGGUGUUCUCGAAUCCCGUAACCCACUACGGGUUUUACAUCUUGUUGUAAAGAUUUUCUCUUCACUCAUCUUCAAGGGAAUGAAAGUUGACCAGAAGGUAGAAACACUCUAAUGGUCCAAUGGGUAGAGGGUGAAACCAUCUUUCAUUUGAUUUUCAUUACAGAUUUAUUCGUAACAGUAAAACCAGUUUGGAGAUUCAGUUCUGCUCCACGCAUUUCCAAAAAUGUUUUUUCCGUGUUAAAAUUUCGGAAACGAUUACUGAUUUAUUUGCUCCAAUAACUAGAGCGGAUUCAUGUCCGUAUUAGAGCAACCCCGCAGCUAUCCUUCUCCUUACCGAACAUUAACCCUAGCUUGUUGUCGGUCGACUGUUGUCGUCUUAAGGGAUGGGUAGGUGAGCAGUUGCUUAGUUACUGACAUUGAUCCCGGUAAUCGUAGCAAAUAACUUAGACUAUACAAAGACUUAAAAUUAUAGACAGAAUUAUUUUCUUUAAGCAGUAAUUCAAUUAUUAAAGUAAUAUUUUAUUAGCGAAGGACA